AUGUCCGGGGUGUUCUGCCUGUACAUCAGGGUCAAGCUCAAGACGGACGCGAUCGCGGAGUUUCUGGAGCGAUGGGGCAAGCUCGCCUCUCACGUCAGGGCGAACGAGCCCGAGACGUUGUCCUACGAACUGUGCAGGAGCGACCAGAACGAGGACGAGUUCAUGAUCGUGGAGAGGUACCCGAGCCGCGCGCAGCUCGAGGAUCCCCAUCAAACGUCCGAGGAGUUCAAGGCUUUCAAGGAGUGGUGGACCUCGAGCGGGGUGGUGUUGGAGAAGAGCGGCAUGUCUUGCGUCGAGACCGGCGUGGGGUACAUGUCAAAGUGA